CAAAACGGCACUGAACUGCACUGAUUGUCUGGGCCAGCUAAGCUUGUUUGCUUUCGUUAACUAGCAGUAUAGACCGCCAGAGGUGUAGUUAAUUAACAGCAACAUCCUGCUGUCAUUCCCAUGGGCCAUGGAGAACAAGUGCUUUCUAAAACGUCAUUUCGCAUUGACAGUGAUUUGAAGGUCUGAAAAUGGAGAAGUGCCAGUGACUAUGGAUGAUCAAAGGAGUGCUAGCGAGGAGAGCCCUAGAGUUCGAGGCCUGCUCUACCUCUGGAGGGGGUACAGUAGCAGUGUUGCCCCAGAACGGGUGCUCCUGACCCGGCCCGUCCUCCAGGCAGCCCUGGGUAUCAGCCAUGGCAUUCUGCUGGCUGAGGGAGGAUUGGUGUUCAGCUUCGGAGAGCUGCCGUGGAAGCAGGACCUGAAGACCCCCCCCACCGACCCUCUCCUGGAGUCGGCCCUGUCUGGUCGGGGUGUUGUGUCUGUGGCUGCUGGCUCCUUCCACUGUGGCGCCGUCACCCAGGAUGGGACUCUGUACAUGUGGGGUGAGAACUCCUCAGGGCAGUGUGGGCUGCUGGAGAGUGGCCUGGUCUCGGAUCCCCGCCCAGUCAACUUGGUGGACUCUGACACGCUGCCUCCUCAGGUGACCAGGGUCCUUGAGGUAGCCUGCGGGGAGCACCACACGCUGGCUCUGUCUGCCCAGCAUGAGGUCUGGGCCUGGGGCAGUGGAUGUCAGCUUGGGCUGGUCACCAGCGUCUUUCCUGUGCGUAGACCCCAGAAGGUGGAGCACCUUGCUGGUAGACAUGUGUUACAGGUGGCUUGUGGAGGGUUCCACAGCCUGGCCUUGGUCAAGCAUGUCUCUCCCCAGGACUCCACCUGGCAGGCAGAUACUGGGAAGUGUGGCGAGUGCAACCAGCAGCUGUUAUCCAUGUUUGAUAAAGAGGACCAUGUCAUCAUCAACAACAGUCACUACUGCCCCCUAGGGGUUGAGCUGGUGAACACCAGACCAGGGCCAUGGUCAGGACAGGCCUCACGCUGCCCUCUCUCUCAGGCUGUGAGCCCCAGUCUAUACCCAGGCCUUUACCCUGAGCAGGAUCCACACCCCAUUAUGGGCCCUGAAGACCUUUAUACUGGGGACACAGAUGGCCCCCCCAGAGGCUUCGCCUCCAAAGGAGGAAGUGACACAGAGGCAACCAGUAAUGUGUUACCUAAUGGCCGAGGCCCUGCGACCCUGACUAGCAAAGACAGCCUUCCAGCUCAACAACAAGCCCUGAGGAGAACCAAGUCCUCCCCUUACCCUGGAGAAGACGAGCUGAAGGACUACCUCAAGAGAAGGUCUCGUCACACGCGGAGCCUGAUGGAGCAUCCUUACAACACCCAAGCAGGGGAUCUACUCGCCUCAGUUGAUCGGGGCUCAGGAGAUCCAAUCAUGCUGAUCAAUCAGGUCUCAGGGCCGUGCCUGGACUGUAGCCUGUCUGAACCUGACCUAUCAGUGGAUACCCAAGUACAGCUAGGAGAAGACAGUGUUUCGAGCCUGGCAUCCAGCCUCUCAGUUUCCCUACCCGAGAGCUUCACCGACACCUUAGGUGUGGACUGUUCCUUUGCCACGAUGGAAGGUGCUGCCUGUGCCGCGCCCUACCAGGUAAACAGUGCCGAGGAUACCGGUUCCACCAGCAGCCUCUGUGAGUCAUCUAAGAGUGAAGGGUGUGUCCCUGGGCCAAGGGCCAAUCACACGGGGUCUGUCACGGCUUCAAGGGAAGGCAAGGAGGAGGCGUGUCGUUUUGAGUCAAAGCAUAUGAAGGCGUCUUCCAGUCUGACAGGCUUUCUCCUGGAUGAGGUGAUGAUGGCUGGCCGACGCCACUCUCUACCGCCUCUGCCCUCUCACGCAUCUUCGGCGCUCCCUAGCAGGAGAACCACUGACAUCAGACCUCCAACCAUGACCAGGAAGAAGGAGGAGGUAGCAGAGUCCUUGCCUUCUCUGAACACAGAGGUAUGGACCUGGGGCCGUGGGCAGGAGGGACAGCUGGGGCAUGGUGACCAACUACCCAGGCUCCAGCCUCUCUGCAUCAAAACUCUGAAUGGAGAGGAGGUCGUGAAGGUGGCAGCGGGGACACACCACUCACUGGCUGUCACUGCACAGUGUCAGGUGUUUUCAUGGGGCAGCAACAGAUCUGGCCAGUUAGGACACAUGAACAGCCCCUCCACCCUGCCUCAACAGGUCAAGAUGUCUGAGGGUCUGCGUGUGUGGGACGUAGCAGCAGGACAGGACCACAGUGUGUUUCUAGCUGAUGGGGACUGCUGCCAGCCCAUUCUCUGUUACAGCGGACAGCAGGUGAUAGAGACCAAGCCUAACGUGCACAUCCCUGGGACAGAGUUAACCAAGAGAUCUCCCUCCAGGACUGACUCAUACACCCUCAGACCUGUCUUACUGCCUUUCUGUAUGGACAUGGGUUACAUCAGCAGCGUGUGUGGCGGGGGGGGGUCCUGCCUGGCACUGGCUGACCACAAUGUCAUGGGGUUCAUCUCUGGUCUCCACGAGCUGGCGGCUGCAGACAGGAAGUUCUACUGCAGACUCAGAGACAUUCAGAAACGGGUAGUGAGCCCUUUACAGGCAAGAGAGUCUUUGUCUACAGUGUUGGGCAAGACGUCCAGCCUCCUGUUCCAGAGCCUGGCUGAUCUAUGUUCUAACUAUGUUCUAGAGUCUUUGUCUACAGUGUUGGGCAAGACGUCCAGCCUCCUGUUCCAGAGCCUGGCUGAUCUAUGUUCUAACUAUGUUCUAGAGUCUUUGUCUACAGUGUUGGGCAAGACAUCCAGCCUCCUGUUCCAGAGCCUGGCUGAUCUAUGUUCUAACUAUGUUCUAGAGUCUUUGUCAACAGUGUUGGGCAAGAGGUCCAGCCUCCUGUUCCAGAGCCUGGCUGAUCUAUGUUCUAACUAUGUUCUAGAGUCUUUGUCUACAGUGUUGGGCAAGACGUCCAGCCUCCUGUUCCAGAGCCUGGCUGAUCUAUGUUCUAACUAUGUUCUAGAGUCUUUGUCUACAGUGUUGGGCAAGACGUCCAGCCUCCUGUUCCAGAGCCUGGCUGAUCUAUGUUCUAACUAUGUUCUAGAGUCUUUGUCUAUAGUGUUGGGCAAGAGGUCCAGCCUCCUGUUCCAGAGCCUGGCUGAUCUAUGUUCUAACUAUGUUCUAGAGUCUUUGUCUACAGUGUUGGGCAAGACGUCCAGCCUCCUGUUCCAGAGCCUGGCUGAUAGUCACAACAGACUGUGUCACCUUAUGGGGCAGCACUCCGUCUCCAUGACAGCUUUUCUACACGGCGGCCGGGACGUUAAGAGCCUGGUCAUCCUGAAACAGGCCAGCACCUUCCUGGACACGUAUAAAGAGUAUUGCAGCUCAGUGGGUAAUUUCCUGGUGAUGGGUGGCUUCCAGGCCCUCAUGAAGCCUUCGCUGGAGUGUUUUGGUAAGAAGUUGGAGGUGUUGCGUCAUCUGUCAGAGUGCAGUGCAGACAAAGUUUCCCUCGGUGACCUGUUGGUGCUGCUGUUCUAUAUGCCUUUACAACACCUCCAUGUAUACAACAGAUUGCUGCUCAAACUGGCCACCUGUUUUGAUGUGAGCACAGUAGAGUACCAGAAGCUACAAGAGGGCUGCUCCCGGUAUGAGGCCUUGUCUGUCAGCCUGGGGAGAAGACAGAAGGAGGCAGAGUCCACCAACCAGUUCUGGAAGACAAACUCCGGCAAGACUAUUGAUGUUUUGCGAAGGCCCCAACGCAGGCUGGUGUGUGAAAGCAGUGACAAGAGCCUGACUCUCCAGAACGCUGGAAGGUUCUCUGUGAACUGGUUCGUCCUGUUCAACGAUCUUCUCGUCCACGCACAGUUCUCCUCUCACCACGUCUACCCUCUGGUCACCCUCUGGGUGGAGCCCAUCACGGAGGAGGCCAGCAGCAACCUGUAUGGCAUCAAGGUGACAACUCCCGAGGAGAGCUUUACUCUACUUGCCUCAUCACCGCAGGAGAAGGCUAGGUGGCUGAGAGCCAUGAACCAGGCAGUGGAGGCGGUUCUGAUGGGGGAGGACAGUGGCGCCGGGGUUCCCGCUGACUCUCGUACCGCCUCCUACGUCUUCUCCAAAGACCUCCUUCUUAAGGACGCCUCCUACUCGGGACGUUGGCUCUCUGGCAAGCCCCAUGGCAAGGGCACCAUGAAGUGGCCGGACGGUAGAACAUACACCGGGACCUUCAAACACGGACUGAAAGACGGCUAUGGUGACUAUUUCAUGCCCAAUAAAACCCUCAACAAGUGUGAUCGCUACCAGGGCCACUGGAAGGAGGGGAAGAUGCAAGGCUUCGGGAAGUACAAGUAUGCAACAGGGGAGGUUUAUGAGGGAUCCUUCCAUGAGAACAUGCGGCAGGGCCAUGGAAUGCUGAGUUCCGGGAAGCUGAUUGGCCCUUCCUCCAGUGUGUUCAUUGGCCAGUGGCUCCAAGACAAGAAAACAGGAUAUGGAGUAUUUGAUAACAUGACUAGAGGAGAGAAGUACAUGGGGUUGUGGUUGGAAGACCAACGCCAUGGCAACGGGGUCCUAGUCACACAGACUGGUCUCUACUACGAAGGAGCCUUCAGCAACAACAAAAUGAUGGGCACUGGUUUCCUAAUGUCUGAGGAUGACACAACCUUCCAGGGAGAGUUUUCUGAUGACUGGACCCCUAAUGGGAAGGGUACUCUGUCUAUGCCCCAUGGGGAUGUCAUCGAGGGGCUGUUCACAGGAGAGUGGACAUCAGGGUUAAACAUAACGGGAACCUACCGCAAGCCAGACCUCUAUGACGCUGACAGGAAGGAGAGAACACAGGUUCUAGAGCCGGGCCGUCUCUCUGUUCCCCCGGAGAUGAAGUGGAGGGCUGUGUUCUCCGAGUGUUGGAGCCGUCUGGGUUGUGAGGCCCCAGGACUUCCCUGUGAGAGGAGGAAGGCCUGGGAGAACAUCGCUGUCACACUGACCAGCGGGCGCAGAGACAGUCCCAAAGUGCUGAGUCGAUCUCAGACAAGAAUGCUGGAGAAGCUGGAGCUGAUUCCUCAACACUGUGGACCAGUUACUGCCAGGAGCUACGACCUCGUCCGGCGAUACCUGGCUAAGGCCUGCGAGACCCCCCUCCACCCUCUGGGCUGGUUGGUGGAGACCCUGGUGACGGCAUACCGGAUGACCUAUGUAGGUGUAGGAUCCACCAGACGGCUGCGACAACAGGCUGUGGAUGAGAUCAAGUCCUUCAUUAAUCGCAUCUUCCAACUGGUCAGGUUCCUGUUUCCUGACAUGCCAGAGGAAGGGGGGUUCAUCAUCGCUGACCCCACCGCUUCUCCACAGACAAACCAGGAUGGUUGGGUGGUCUGUAGCUCAACCCUGCUGCUCCCGGUGUUGUUGCCCAGACUGUACCCCCCUCUGUUCAGCCUGUACUCCCUGGACAAGGAGAGGGAGGACAGCCUGUACUGGAACUGUGUCCUGAGGCUCAACAAGCAGCCGGACCUCACUCUCCUGGAGAACCUGGGGGUCCAACAGAACUUCUGGCCGUUGUCCAUCUCUGUGCUGGGCAAGAAACAGCAGGUCCUUCCCAGCACCAAGGAUGCCUGCUGGGCUUCUGCAGUGGAGACGUUGCAGUUGAUCAGCACAAAAUUCACUCCGUCAGACAAGCUGCAGGUGAUCCGGCAGACCUUUGAGGAGCUGACUCAGGAGGUACAAGCCCUUUUCCAUAAGAACAUCAUGUGGUCCAUGGACGACCUGUUUCCUCUGUUCCUGUACGUGGUGCUGCGGGCGAGAAUAAAGAAGUUGGGGUCAGAGGUGAGCCUGAUAGAUGACCUAAUGGAUCCCAGCCUACAGCAUGGAGAACUUGGAUUAAUGUUUACCACACUCAAGGCAUGCUACUUCCAGAUCCAGCAGGAGUCUCCCUAGGGACGAUGUGAUGUGGACCUCUCUACCAUGAAGGACAGACAGUUAGACUUCUGGUUUUCAUCUUCUGCUAAUCAGAGACUAAGUUAGACCCGAGACAUCCGGUAGGGGCAGUUAACCGGCAGAUAGAAACCAAAGUAAGCAGUAUUUCAUUCCUCCAGGACUGGAGUGUGUCUAUCUGCCCUGGGCUCUAAAGAAAAGGUUAUGACACAGAAAAAUGGAAGACUGAAUGUCAAUCUGGUGUUGAAGUCCCACAGUCCCUUAACAGGGUGCCCACAUGGGUAGUCCUGAGGGGUCCCUCAGCAGGAUUCUCAUAUGGAAAGGCCUGAGGGGUCCCUCAGCAGGAUUCUCAUAUGGAAAGGCCUGAGGGGUCCCUCAGCAGGAUUCUCAUAUGGAAAGGCCUGAGGGGUCCCUCAGCAGGAUUCUCAUAUGGAAAGGCCUGAGGGGUCCCUCAGCAGGGGGCCCACAUGGGAAGGCCUGAGGGUUCCCUCAUUAGGGGGCCCACAUGGGAAGGCAUGAGCGGUUCCAGUGUCUGCAUGUGUGACUGGACGCUGCUUUGGACUAAAGUGUGUAUGUAUUAUAUUAACAUCAUUAUAGACUUUAUUACAUGGAGUGGAAAUUUAGGUCUAGAUUUCAGUUGCUGCUGUGACAAAGGCGAUGGUUAUGUAAUCACCAUGAGAGAACAAAGCACCACCAGCUUUGCACAUUUUCACCUUUGUUUAUUUAAUUCUUCAUAAUGACAUAAAAAGGGCAUGACUUGUAUUUAUUUCCAUAACAUUAAGUCACCUGCUAAUGUGUUCAUCAAAAAGGCUUCGUAAUAACAACAUGAGUUAUAUUGAAAUGUUCUUACUUGUGGAAUAAAUUGUACUUUGUAGUUUGUUAAAGGGAAUCACCCGACAUUACACACUAAAAAUAUUUUAGGUUUUAAAAUAAAUGACUUCCAUCCCUCUAAGCAUUUGAACCACUGAACAUUUUCCUUGUCAAUUUAUGACAUCGGAGAACAAAUCGGAAGGAAUCUUAGACCAUCUUAGAUCUCUUCUAUUCAAACCACAGGAAACAAGUCUGGAUUUUGAGAUGUCCAUUUCAACAUGUUAAUGGACAUGUUUACAUUUCUUUGUUGAUUUCAGUUUGUGGUUGGUGUCAUUGAGUGGCUGGAAGAUCCGCUUGCGAAAUUUCAUUCUCCUGGCCACCAGGUUUUUGGCUAAAGUAUCCUUGAACUUAACAGAAAUCCCAGGUCCCCUGGAAGCAAAACAGAUACAUAUCAUCAAAGACUCAUCCCUUAUUCUACAAUAGGAUUGAGGUUAUUUUCUGCAUACGUAUCCUUCUUUUGAUGCAAACCCACUGCUGGUAUUCAUGGCCAAAGAGCUUCAUUUUCAUGUGAAUGUCCACAUCUCAGAGAAGCUGUUUAACUCCAGGAGCUUCAAAUAUUUCUUUUUUUUCUAGCAACCAUUUCAAAUAGGCUGUCGACUGGAUGUGUCAAAAAAAAGUUGAAUGUAUUUUGUUUUAUUUAUAAGAAUCCUUGGUGUGCCUUUCAUUUUAACACCUACGGUUUUCAGGGAUAAAAAGGAUUACAAUCGUGUCUAUGUAAAAAUAGUUGUGAGCAAUUAUGUUUAAGACAAGGCAUGAGGGGGUGUGGUAUGUUUUCCACAGCACACUUCCUGCUGCUCAGCACGUAGUCGUGGUAUAUUGGCAAUAAAUCGCAAACACCCAAGAUGCCUCACUGCUAUAAUAAACUGCUCACCAACGCAUUCAGAGCACUGAAAGGUGAUUCGAUGUCAUCGUCGUGGUGAUCUCAUAUUCCACGGCUGUAAAUCAAUAAGCAUUCAGGAUUCAAACCACCCGGUUAAUAAUAAGAUAUAGUACAGCCUUCAUCAAGGGCACGUACUUACUGUGCCAACUCAUUCUUAUGAAAUCUACACAUUUUUUUAAAGGAUAGAUUUGUUCAAAUUAUGAAAGCAGAAGAAAUAUUUAAAUAUAUAUUGCAAUAUACAGUAUAUAUUCAUGUAUAUUUUACAGUCUAUUUUAUCAAAAAGGGGUUAAUUUGGGUGCUGUGUUAAAUUAUCUUAGUAGCUUUUGAUGCUGUUGGAAGACUUAAUAAUGACCUUAGUAGGCUUUAAAUAAUAUUAGAUCUGAAAUACUAAAAUGACAUAGUUCUUUUGGUUACAUGAGUAUUAUACAUUAAAUGUGCUAUAUUCUUCAAAUUUGAUUUUAUUUGUGCAAAAAAUAUAUUUUAUUUGAAAAAAAUGCUGCUAUGCAGCAACUUAAAGGAUCUUGGUAACCAAACUAACAUUCAUUUUCAUUGAUAUUACAUUUAUAAUUCUCCACAAGAUACCUAAUGCUUUGUGGUUAAUCCUUAACAAGGUCUAGCUAGUGUAAGGCCAUUUUAAACUGUGACUACAGUGACUGACAAGUAGACACAUUUAAAAAAUGACCUAAAACAUUUAGACAUAAUGACGUCGCUGCUGCUGAAGUUAGUUCUCAACAUUGCAUUUCAUCUGCGUGUGUAUGUUUGUAUGUGUGACAUAGCUAGAGGGCUGUGUUAGAGACACGUGUGGGGGUGUAUACUGUAUGUGUGUGUGUGAUGAAGAGAGACAGAGAGGGAUCAAGGUUAUGUGGCAUCAUGUCAUUAUUCAGUGGGAAUAUUGCACUCAUAAUCCUCUGGUAUUUAAGGAAAGUUGAUGAUGUCAUCUAACCUUCUGAGACCAAACGGAGCUUCUUAUUGGGCCCCGGUGUGGAUGGAGUCAAUGAGGCUCUUAUUUAAAAUGUUAAACUGCUGCAGGUUUAUUUUCAAAUACAGCUGUUGAUGACCAUACCAGGCUGUGAAAUGUUACCACCACACCAGGUGGUAUGAGUCACCUAAUGUGCCACUGAAAUGUUACUCUCUUACUGCUGUCUUUUUUUUAAUGCAUUACAUGCACACCUAAUAUUGUUAACACAGGGAGUGAUAUUUUUUAUCAAAUGGUAUUUUAUUUACAAAACAUCUGUAUAAAAAUAAUUACACUUUUUAUAAAGGACAGCUUAGGUCUAUAAAAGGCUUCCCUGGUCACAAUGUCUUAACCUGUUGCAUUCUGGGAUUUUUAUGUGUGUUUGUUUUGAAAUUUAUAUCAACACUUAAAUGUUGAUUCACAAAAUACCAUUUUUUUUAAAUACAUUAAAACAUUAAU